CAGCAGGGGCCUGGACUCAACUCCUUCCCAGAAUCGGAGGGGUUGCACCAUGCCCGGGGUGGCCAAUUCAGUACCCUCCACUUCCUCUAGGGAGACUGCAAACCCAUGUGCCAGGAAGAAGGUGCAUUUUGGUAGCAUACAUGAUGCAGUACGAGCUGGAGAUGUAAAGCAGCUUUCAGAAAUAGUGUGUCUUCAUUGGCUGCUUUGGCAUGGAGCUGAUAUCACACAAGUAACUAUGAGAGGUUGGACAGCAGCUCACAUAGCUGCAAUCCGGGGUCAGGAUGCUUGUAUGCAGGCCCUUAUGAUCAAUGGAGCAAAUAUGACAUCUCAAGAUGAUCGUGGAUGCACACCUUUACACCUUGCUGCGACUCAUGGACAUUCUUUCACUUUACAAAUACUGCUCCGAAGUGGAGUGGAUCCCAGUGUGACUGAUAAGAGAGAAUGGAGACCUGUACAUUAUGCAGCUUUUCACGGGCGGCUUGGCUGUUUGCAACUUCUUAUUAAAUGGGGAUGUGGCAUAGAAGAUGUGGACUACAAUGGAAACCUUCCAGUUCACUUAGCAGCCAUGGAGGGCCACCUUCACUGUUUUAAGUUCUUACUCAGUAGAAUGAGCAGUGCAACACAAGGUUUAAAAGCCUUCAAUGAUAAUGGAGAAAAUGUAUUGGACCUGGCCCAGAGGUUCUUUAAGCAGAACAUUUUAGAGUUUAUCCAGGGGACUAAGUAUGAAGGAAAUGAUCCAGAAGAUCAGGAAACUUUAGCAUUUCCAGGUCAUGUGGCUGCCUCUAAGGGUGAUUUGGAAAUGGUUAAGAAAUUAGUAGAAGAUGGAGUAAUCAAUAUUAAUGAGCGUGACGAUAAUGGAUCAACUCUUAUGCAUAAAGCUGCCGGACAAGGCCACAUAGAGUGUUUGCAGUGGUUAAUUAAAAUGGGAGCUGACAGUAAUAUUACCAACAAAGCAGGGGAGAGACCCAGUGAUCUGGCUAAGAGGUUUGCCCAUUUGGCAGCAGUGAAGCUAUUAGAGGGGCUGCAGAAAUAUGACAUAGACGAUGAGAUUGAAAUUGAUGAGAAUGAUACAAAGUUUUUUGUAAGACAUGGUGUUGAGGGGAGCACUGACGCCAAGGAAGAUGUAUGUCUGAGUGAGUCGGAUAAAACAGAGGCCAGAAGACCAUCAAAGAGCUACAGGGUCAACUGGAGUAUGAACGACUACGUAGAGAAAAAUUAGAAUGUCAACUGGAUGAAUGUCGAGCAGAGGUGGAUCAACUCAGGGAAACACUGGAAAAAAUUCAGGCCCCUAGCU